CUACAUUUCCCAGGGGGCCUUGGGGCGGCGGCGGCGGCGGGCGCGGCAACGUCCCCCGGAAGUGGAGCCCGGAACUUCCCCUCGUGCGUGCGGCGAGCGGAGCCGGAGAGCGAGAGCGAGAGCGAGCGAGCGAGCGCUCAGAAGCCGAACUCGGGUGUGCUGACAAGAUGGCCGGGCUGCCCCGCAGGAUCAUCAAGGAAACCCAGCGUUUGCUGGCAGAACCAGUUCCUGGCAUUAAAGCAGAACCAGAUGAGAGCAACGCCCGUUAUUUUCAUGUGGUCAUUGCUGGCCCCCAGGAUUCCCCCUUUGAGGGAGGGACUUUUAAACUUGAACUAUUCCUUCCAGAAGAAUACCCAAUGGCAGCCCCUAAAGUACGUUUUAUGACCAAAAUAUAUCAUCCUAAUGUAGACAAGUUGGGAAGAAUAUGUUUAGAUAUUUUGAAAGAUAAGUGGUCCCCGGCUCUGCAGAUCCGCACAGUUCUGCUAUCGAUCCAGGCUUUGUUAAGUGCUCCCAAUCCAGAUGAUCCAUUAGCAAAUGAUGUUGCGGAGCAGUGGAAGACCAACGAAGCCCAAGCCAUAGAAACAGCUAGAGCAUGGACUAGGCUAUAUGCCAUGAAUAAUAUUUAAAUCGAUCAUCAAGUGUGCAUCACUUCUCCUGUUCUGCCAAGACUUCUUCCUUUUCGUUUGCAUUUAAUGGACACAGUCUUAGAAACAUUACAGAAUAAAAGCCCAGACAUCUUCAGUCCUUUGGUGAUUAAAUGCACAUUAGAAAAUCUAUGUCUUGUCCUGAUUCACUGUUGUAAAAGCAUGAGCAGAGGCUAGAAGUAUCAUCUGGAUUGUUGUGAAACGUUUAAAAGCAGUGGCUCUUUGCUGCUUUUAUUCAUUUCCCCCAUCAUGGUUAAGUAUAAAGCACUGUGAAUGAAGGUAGUUGUCAGGGUUAGCUGCAGGGGUGUGGGUGUUUUUCUUUUUUUCUUUUUUUUUGAGGGGGGAAGUAGUUUUAAAAGUUUUGGGCUCCUUCCCCCCUUAUUAUGGUGAUCUAAUUGCAUUGGUUAAAAGCAGCUAACCAGUUCUUUAGAAUAUGCUCUCUAGCCAAGUCUAACUUCAUUUAGACACUGUAGAUGGACAAGCUUGAUCGUUCAAACCAAAACGGGAACAUUAAACGAACACCACAGCCCUCACUAAUAAGAUUGUGACUUUGCUGUCAAGUGUAGAAUCCUCCCUUCAAGAAAAAGCUUGUGACCAUUUUGUAUGGCUUGUCUGGAAACUUCUGUAAAUCUUAUGUUUUAGUAAAAUAUUUUUUGUUAUUCUACUUUGCCUUUGUAGAGUUUAUUUUACUGUGUUUAUUUCAUUUCCUCAGUGUGACAAUCGUAUUUAAAAUUAAAGCUGAUGGACUGCUGUGUUUUGAUCUUUACCACCUGA